GGAGAAAGUAUUUCCAAUGUGAGGGAAACUCCUGGUGCUACGUUCGGGGGUAGAUUCGUAUACUACACCCUCCCCACCACGCCACAGCAACACUGCGCACUCGGCAUCACCCGGCAUCAGUCGAUCGCUGGCCUCAGCACUAGACGCACAUAUAUAACAAAUCAGUUGCUGGCGUGUUGCGGCCACUUUUCAACGAGCAAUUCAAUCCUACCAUCUCCUGAAACGGAAAUAGUGUGGUGCAAUAGUACUUGUAUCGGUGCAUGUACGCUGAGUCGUUUGUGAGAUAAUCUUCGAUUUGAAAUUCAUCGACUGUCAACAUGAGUACACCAGUGAAGAAGGUGCCCAUCCAUUUGCAGAUCCGUAAUCCACAUUACAAACACAUAAUGACACUACUCUGUUUGAUUUAUGAAAAAUCCUGUACCAAAUAGAGAGGUCGAGUAUGAUUAAUCCACGAAAUCGACUUGUGUGGAUCGAUAGUUCGUUGACUUUGCUCUAUAAUGGGUCGUCGGGUGGAAAAGCGAUGAGUGGAAAGAUGUUAUAGCUACUGGCCGUUUCAAAUUCUACAAUGCUUCUAAGCCCGUAGGAGCAGCUACAUGUCGCUUGGGAGUUCAAGACGGGAUGAAUUAUCCAGAAUUUGGGACUCGAGGAAUGAGGACGAUAAACGAGAGUGAAUUUCGCAAAAGCAUGAACCGAAAUACACAGAAGCACCGUUUGGCAGUGUGUCAGGAUUUUGUAAAAAUAUUCCUGAGACUCAUAACAGCAUUUCUUUUAGACAUCAGAUUGUGCUAGUCUGUUACGAGCAGAUAGGCGAUGGGAAUUACAGUUGCGGUGUAGUCAAUAUAUAAAAAAAAGAGUGCCCAGAAUCGGCUGCUCAUAAAAAAUGGAAAGGUCGUCAACGAGGAUGGAAUUAUUGACAGCGACGUCUACAUUGAGGAUGGAAUCAUCAAACAACUGGGUCGCAAUCUCAUAAUCCCUGGUGGCACCAGGACCAUCGAUGCCAGAGGAAAGUACGUGAUGCCAGGUGGAAUAGAUCCACACACUCAUUUCGAGUUGCAACUGAUGGGUGCUACGUCCGUGGAUGAUUUCUAUCAAGGCACCAAAGCUGCCGUCGCUGGCGGUACCACAAUGAUAAUUGAUUUUGUGAUUCCCACCAAAGGGGAGACACUCCUGGAGGCUUACGACAGAUACAGGGCGACGGCUGAUGAGAAGGUCUGCUGCGACUACGCACUGCACGUUGCUGUGACAUCUUGGAAUUCAAAGGUGAAAGAGGAAAUGGCUACGUUGAUCAAGGAUAAUGGUGUGAACAGUUUCAAAAUGUUCAUGGCUUACCGUGAUCUAUUCAUGCUCAGGGAUAAUGAGCUCAUCCAAGCCUUCACAGCUUGCAAGAGUCUCGGUGCUGUUGCACAAGUGCAUGCAGAAAACGGAGACUUGGUAGCCGAGAACACCAAGAGACUUUUGGAAGCUGGUGUAACAGGACCAGAGGGUCAUGAGAUGUCUAGACCAGAGGAAGUGGAAGCGGAGGCUGUUAAUAGGGCUUGCGUAAUAGCCAAUCAGGUUCAAUGUCCACUGUACGUAGUGCAUGUGAUGAGUCGUAGCGCGGCUGAAAGUUUGGAAGCUGCACGAAGACGCGGUGUCGCAGUCUGGGGAGAGACUUUGGCCGCAGCAUUAGGAACCGACGGUACAAACUAUCGGCACAGCUGUUGGAGGCAUGCAGCAGGACAUAUACUGAGUCCGCCGCUGAGACCAGACGAAAAGACGCCGGAAGUCCUUAUGACAAAACUAGCUACGGACGGUUUGCAGACCACCGGAAGUGACAAUUGCACUUUUAAUGCUGAUCAAAAAGCUAUUGGCAAGGAUGAUUUCUCAAAGAUUCCCAAUGGCGUCAAUGGUGUCGAGGACAGAAUGUCUAUCGUCUGGGAGAAAGGUGUUCACUCUGGUAUAAUGGACCCUACGAGAUUUGUAGCUGUGACCAGCACUAAUGCUGCGAAGAUCUUUAACCUGUAUCCCAGAAAGGGCGUCAUAGCCCUAGGAUCUGACGCGGACAUCGUCAUCUGGGAUCCUAGCCGAAAACGAACGAUCAGCGCUCAGACUCAUCAUCAGGCUGUGGAUUUCAAUAUUUUUGAGGGUAUGGAGGUACAUGGUGUGCCCGAGUACGUUAUAGUAAAUGGUCGUGUCUGCUUGGACGACGGCGAUUUAAAAGCUGUUCAUGGUUAUGGAAGAUACGUAGAGACUCCUGCAUAUCCUGCUUACGUUUAUGAUCUUGUCAACGCGCACGAGAAGAAACCUAGAGGAGUUCCCAGGAGCGAGGCCGAAGCCAAGAAAUUUGCUGAAGAGGAUGCAGCGCUGGCAAGGGCUAGGGAGGCUGCAAGAGCCGCAGCUGCAGCUGCAGCAGCAGCAGCGAUAUACCACGAGAACAACCACACGAAUGGCAUUCACGAGUCUCCAAAACCAAAAUUGCCAGCAGUCUCCUGUAUCCCGACACUUCCGGAUUCUGCCGUUGUUACUCCGUCUGCUAAAGGACCACGUCUUGAAGGACAAAGAAAUCUGCAGGACUCAACCUUCUCCAUUAGCGAGGACGUAGACGAUGCACGGCGAGCCUGCAUUCGCGUGAACAAUCCACCAGGUGGUCGCAGUGCCGGUGGAUUCUGGUAAAAAGUAACAAUGCUUCGCUUUAAGCGCAACAGAUGAUAGUUUCAAGAGAGACUAUCCUUAUACCAUACUCCCUAAGAAAUUUCCAAAAUCAAUUCUUGGACCAAGAGAGUGUAUCUCCAUGAUUCUUCUCAAAAUUCUUAGAAUUGAUUGGUCAGUGUACCAUACCACUCUCCGCUCCGAUGCCCCAAUCCUGAAGCCAGCCGACAUAUCCGCUUCUGAAGUUUCGCUAUCAACCAAAUAUUAAGGAGUAAGUUUUUUUUUUUUCAAACUUCAAUAUCCUUCCAAUCCAUCAAGGUCUGUCCCAAUCAAGGAGGAUUCGGCGCCUACGGGCCAGUAAAGUUUAACGAGCACAGAACUUCCGGUAAUUACUGUGUUAUAAUUUAACAAUGUUCAGUCUACUAUCCGUCGAUUUUCUAAUAUCUCUCUCAAGAGUAUGAAUGAAGACUAAGUAUUUGACGUGAGAGAAACUAAAAAAAUGUAUCCGUUAAUGGCAUUUAACGAAUCGUGUCGUUGUUUCGUUCUUUACAUUAAAUUAUGCUUGGUGCGAAGCUUGAUAUUUCUUUCUUGGAAUAUAUAAGGUGUAUAAAUAUAAUAUACGUAUAAGUAUAUGUUACGGUCAGGCCGCUAGAUAAAUGGAAAUUGACCCGCAGCGGUGCUUGGGAACAAUUGGAGUGAGAGGAAAGCGUAGAGCAAGAACAAAAACAAAGAUGACCGGUGUCUAUAUUGAAGUACCAGAAUAGUUUUGUUGAAGUAAAAUGCGCAUGCGCAUCUAUGUUAAGUUUGUUAAGUCAUUAACUUGAUUUUAUUUAACACAUCACUUAGUUAUAAUUAUUAACGCGUAAGACUCUCUUAUUUUAAAGAAAGAUAUCUGUUUGACGGGAUAAGUUGAUACUCGUACAAAGGACUGUUCGUCUUGAGGUUUUAUUAUUUUUUAUCUUUGUUUUUUUAUUACACUAUGUUGUAACGAAAGUAUCGCAAUCAUCUUUUCAAAUAUGUCAAGUACAAGUUUAUUUUAACACUGAAUAUUUUGACGGUUUCUUUUUUCUUUUUAUUUCUUUCCUUCCUUUCCUUGUUAUAUAUUAUUUGUAGAAACACGUUGUCGCUAUAGGUUCGGUCGCUACACCAUGAUUUUACUUAAUUCAUUAAAUUGUUCCUGGGAGAUUGAGGAGUCAUUUCUUUUCUUUCGUUUUGAAAUUGAAAUUUUUUAUGAAAAUUUAUGAAAAAAAAGAAAAAUAAUACAACGGCUUUCUCGCUUGCAAAUCAAAUUUAUCCGUAAAGGAUGUUACAUAUUUCUUAUGAUCCUGUGUGUGAAUUGAAGAAGUGCUUGUGUCGGUGGUUCUUAUAAUAUAUUUCCACAAGUGGUUAUUAGUUGGGACUCCUGUUUUUUAUUUUCAAAAUAAAUUUAUAUAUAUACAUAUACUUACACUUCGACUAUUGUGCAUUACAGAAGUUCCGAGAGCUUCUGCUUUA